AUGGAGGCCUCGACGCUCCCUGCGUCGCCUCCCUCCAGUUCCAUCGAGGAGUACACCGCCAGGCGCGCCAGCAUCCUCCGCAAGCGCAAAGCCUCGCUCUACGACAUCUUGGAGCUCGCGAGCGACUGCAAGACAGCGGAAGUGCGCAGGGCGUACUACCACUUCGCCCGGCUGCUCCACCCAGACAAAUGCCAAGACCAGGCCGCGGCACCGCUGCUGAAUGACGUGCGAAGCGCUUACGACAUUCUGGGCGACGAGUACAAGCGGCUGCUGUACGACCUGAAGAACGGCUUCCGCAUGGGCGAGCAGCUGACCGACCAGUUGCAGACGGUCGGCGAUGAGCUCAAGGAGCGCUAUCGCCACUUUUUGCAGGACCACACCCAAGCAUAUAUCGCAUCGGUGCUGCAACAGUACAACAGCCAAGGGUUGGUGGUCAAGAAGGCGCUGUACGGCAACCUGACUCUGAGGGACCCGCAAAGCAUCUCUCCGGUCGAAACCAUCGAGGCGCACCACCUCAGAGGCCCGUUCAUCGAGGUGACCGUGCAGCUGCAACUGCUGAUUGAGCACGGUGCGUUGCACGUAAACUCCAAUGGGCACAUGUCUUACGCGUUUCUGCCUGGAUUCUACAAUCCGAUGGAUUUUGUUGAACACGACAACGUAGCCAACUCUGAAGACGGGACUCAGCUGUACAUUCUGUACCUCUUCAAGGGCGAGGUGCACGAAGUCACCUUGUGCGACGGCACACCCUUCAAAUUACCCAUGAAGGCACACCUCGUGUACGGUUCCUACAUCAAGGGUCCGUACGCCGUGGCGAACCUCGAAGCCCUGGAAACGGCCUGA